AUGAAUGAGAAUUUGCCCUGUUUAGGCAUGGCGUGGCAUAAUAUUAAAAGUAGUAAAGUAGUUUUUAAUAUGUUAUGUGUAUACAUUGUACCAAGCAUGUCACUGUAUAUACUAAUUCUACUAUCACAGCAUAUGGUCUCUUUAAAUAUAUCCAAGAAAGCCUUAGAUCGUAUGUAUUAUUAUAUAAUUCUUUUAGUAUAG